CUCUUUCAUAUAUGCCAGACUCGACCCUCUUUACCUUUCGCUUCUUCCCCUCUCCUCCUUGGAACACCUCCCUACGCCCUCUUCUUUGAUUGAACACCAGCAGUUUGUGCCUUCUUUAUACCCCCCCCCCUCCACGUUCUCGCCUGCCUUCAUCUCUCACCUUCACCCACCUCUGCCCCUUCAUUCAGAGUGUCCUCCAUUCAUCCUUCCCGACAAUGACCCCGCAGGUCAAGGACCUUAACGAGUUCCUCGCCCUCGCUGCUCCACCUCCCACUCAGUCUUACAGCACCACUGCUUCUGCUUCUGUUUCCACAGUAUCGGCUGCCUCCUUCUUUGACGACAUCUCUCAUCUCGACAGCAGCGAUUUCACUUCAAAUAACGAUCCAGCCAACUCCUCUUCCUCCUCAUCCCCCACCACCCCUCAAAAUGCUAUCGCCACCACAGCAGCAACGACGCUCACACCUAUGCAGCUCGUCGCUCUUUCGAACCUCAAGCUCAACAAUGACAUGUUCUCGAACCGGUCCCUCUCCAUCCAUCGACGUAUCCUCGUCAAGAACUUCUUAACACUUCUCUACCAACUCAACCCGCCCAUGGACUGGUCACAGAUGCAAAUGCCUCAAAUCGAUUAUGGGGGGGACGACUUUGGAAGUGACACACCCGGAGACGACGAAAGCAUGUUACUGCGAGAGGACGAACAAAGCGGGUGGAUGGAACGUACCCUCAAUGCGGCUGGACUCUCCGAUGACAAGGACGACGACAGAGCGUCUUCGCAGAGAUGCGACUCACAGGCCACAUCUAAUUCCACACCCUUUACCUCAACCAAUCCUCCUCCCUCCCCACUUGUCAUCCCGUCGCGUACGACCUCGUCUGCACACUCUACACCCUUACUCACAAACGCGGACAAAUUAUCGUCAUCAUCGCCAUCAUCUUCUUCAUCAUCAACAAGAACAGCAGCAACAACAGCACCAAUAGCAGCAUCAAAGGCAAUAUCAUUAACAACUACAGGAACGGCAUCUUCCGCAAUAGGAAGUCCGGAAGCAGAUGUCCCGCUGCCUCGACCAAAAUCUACAGAGCUGCCCCAGUCCCUGCACUCGUACCUCUCGACUGUUUUUGAUGUCAAUUGGUCGGUCGAACUGCCUAGCAAGGAGGACCUCCUCUUCACCUCAACUUCAUCGUCUUCCUCACUGGGUUCUGGACAGUCCUCGUUGUCCACAUCGUCUCCUAUGGCUCAAAAGCGCAGGUCAAUCUCGGCUGCCUCGGGUUUGUCCUCAGUAUCGAACGCGAGCACGUACGCAUCUCCGUCUGAACCCACUACUACAUCUGCAAGGUCAUCAACAACCUCGACUUCGUCUUUACUCUCAUCAAUGUCUGUAGCAUCGAGCGUUUCCUCAGUCAACAGCGCCAGCAGCAACAUCAAUGCGGCAGCAAAGGACACACUUAAGAAGCCCACGAUUGCAGGAUUGGACGACAGCAGUGUGACUCGAGUAACAAAUGCUUCGCCCAUGACGACGACAAUAACAACUCCUCUGGUCCGCAAGUCGUCCCUGUCAUCGAAUCAAACCCGGGUCACCAACCCUGGCGGCAACAAUGCAGCUCUUAAUAACGGUAACAAUGCGGCUCCUAGUGGUGGUAACAGCAGGAAGUCCAGUACCAAUGGUCAUGCAAAGCCCAUGCUCGUCCCGGGAAGGCGGUCGUCUUUGCUCCAGACCGGUCAUAUGCCGCCAGCCCUUUCACCACCUAGCAGCAAUGGCAACAGCAACACAAAUGCGAACAACAAUAACAAUAACAGCCUCGGCAGAAUGAACAGUGCCACAGCAUCAACGGUUCCGCAGCAGGAACAGACGCAUUCCGGAAUGCCAGCGCCUACAUCGUCGCCAUCGCCAUCGCCGACCUCAGCGCCACUACCUUCGCUGUCGCCACCCUCGCAGUUUGCAUCCGCGUUUACAUCGCCGGCGACAUCGCCGACACUGCAUCCAAUCAAACCAGCGUUCUCGAGGAGAACAUCGUCCUUGCCGGCCGAGCGACCCAAGCCCAUCCAGCGUACACCCAGCAGCGAAAGCAAUCUGUCGAUCUCUUCUGCACCUCAACCAGCGGUUACAGGAUCUGCAGCAGGAACAUUGGCAUUAUCACCGACACCCACAUCGACGACACUGUCGGUCCCACAGGCGAGCAUCAUUGGACUGCCUCGACCACUGCUGAACCCAACACCUUCUUCGGCCUUGUUGUCGAGCUCACCACCUUCACCACCCACACUGGUCCCUUCGCCGACGACGUCGAUUGGACAGUCGCCUUUGCAGAUGGCGACGACGCCUCAUCCUUAUAUGCGCUCGUUGUCGGAUGAUCAUUUGCUCACACGACCGGGUAUACCCCAGGGGAUGAACAAUCGACCUAUGGAUUCAGGAAGAUCACCAUCGCCCUCGCCAUCGAUUUUUGCGGCAGUACCGAUUUCAGAACCACUAGCGGCAACAGGAAGUGCUUCCUCACGUUCGUCUACGCUUUCAAGACCCUCGCCGACAUAUCUCUUGAAGGCGUCGAAAUCUAGUCCGUGCCUGGUAUCUGGAUCCGAGGGUAAUUCUCAGGAAGAUGUAUCUUCGUCGUUUGCGGCAAUGCCAGAUCUAUAUGCUCAGCAGCAAUACCAUCAAUCAUACCAGCAGCAGCAGCAGCAGCAGAAACAACAACAACAACAUUAUGCCAUGUCAGGACAGCUUUCAGGAGGAGGAAGUGGGUCAGUAGGUUCGAGUCAGGCGCCGAAACCGCUGGUGAGGACGAGCUCUCGUCGGGGAAUGGGCAUGUCUCCGGCGGCUGGAGUGGCGGCGCCGAGCCAGGGGGCUAUGAACAUCAGUGCUCCUUUGCCGUUGAUCCCGAAUAAUAAUUCGUAUAAUGACUAUGGCGCAUAUGAGCACCAUGGAAGUCCCUAUGGUGGUAGUGAAAAUGGAAACGGACGACAUGGGUAUGCGCAGAGUAUGGGCCAUGGUGGCGGGCAUAAGGCAAGUCGAAGUCAGGGAGCAGGAGGAGUAGUAGCGGUGGUGGACAAUAAGCCUGUGGGUGCAGGACGAUGGAGUUCAAUGAAGAUGAUGCUUGGACUUCGGGUUGGGCAGAGCGCCAAGGGUUGAAUACUUAGUGUGAAGAAGUUCAGCUGGAAACCGUUCAUUCAUUUUAUUCAUGGAGCCAUGUGGAUUUGAGAUCUGCGAGCACUUUUUUGAUGAUUUUCAUACCCGCCAUGUACAUUACUCGAACAAAAAGCAACAAAAAAAAACGAACGAACG